AUGUCCGAAGACGAGACUCACUCUUCGUCCGCCGAGGACGAUGAAGAGGAGGAGGAAGAGGAAGAUGACUCCCCACCCGAGGUGGGGAGGAAGAAAAGAACGGCCUCCAUGAAUCUGGAGGCGAAGGUACCCAAGAGGGGGAAAGGCUUCCCCACGGAUAACUCCGCGUGGGAUGUUGAUAGCAGUCUAGAGCGGCCUUCCCGGGCCAAGCCUCGGGACGCAUCUCCGUCCCGGGACAGCUCUCCGCGAUCUUCAUCAAAAGGUUCGCUGGACCCAAAGGAGAGGGCCAGCAUGUCACCGCCGCCCGCUUACUCCCCUUCGGCCAAGGGUGAUGACGAGGAGGCGUCCCAAAGGGCCUCCUCGGACCGGGGGAAGGCUCCGGAGAUCGUCAGGGUGGCGCCCCAGGAUGACUCCCGGGCCGCCGGAUAUAUGGGGGAAAAAGCCCCUACGGAGAUGGACAGUGCCUUGUUGCGGGCUGCUACCGCUCAAACCGCGGACGCCUCCGGACUGAAGCAGAAACUGGAGCGGGCCGAGGAAGAGCUCAGCCUCAUGAAGAAGCAGCUGAGGGAUAACCAAGGUAUGCAGUAA